UGCUGAUCUGCUACUGCGGAUUGCUCAGAAUAACACGGCUGCUCGCUAAUUCCCGUCUAUCGGGGCUUUCGCCGAAACACCGAGAGAGUAGGGUCCAAAAAAAGCCAACAAGGCAGGCAAGAACGCCGCGCCGCCGGAGUCCGCACCCCAGUAUGGCUUCAGGAGACCUUUACGAGGUGGAGCGGAUUGUGGACAAGAGGCGGAACAAGAAGGGUAAGUGGGAAUACCUGAUAAGGUGGAAAGGUUAUGGAAGUAAGGAGGACACAUGGGAGCCAGAGCACCACCUUCUGCACUGCGAGGAAUUCAUUGACCAGUUCAACAGCUUAAGACUGCACCCACAUAAACGGCCCAAAGUUCCAAAAACUCGUCAAGAAGCCCUCAUCACCAGCCAGCCGUCUGCUACAGAUACCUCCAGAGCUCGGUCUGAGGCACGAAAGAAGAAAAGGACUUGUGGGCCAGCCAUUGGGGUUACAGUAGGAGCUGUUUUGGGGACUGGAGGUGGAGGGUCAGGACCCACUCAGAAGCAGAGAAAGGUGGGCGUUGGACCUGGGAAACAUGCUUUGGGGGACAGAAUUAGCAAAGCCAUGACGUACAAGGCUCCUCCACCAGGAGGGCCUCACUUUGUUCCUCCAGUGAGGGUUCCUCAUAACGGACUCCAGAAUGGAGAGAUGGACCCUCUCAUGUACAGGACAGCAGCGAGGUCACACAGACUCCCCUCGGACAGAGGGGAGGGAGAACUAGGAGACGUGGAUACCACUGGACAGCAGUUCACCACUGAGCUAGGCUCACCUCUGGCCAAUGGCAAGAUGCAUCUACACAGCUCAGUAAAGCGGAAGUUGACUGAGGAGAAAGGCUACGUGUUUGACAAGCGGCUCAGGUACAAUGUGCGACAGAACGAGAGCAACUGUCGAUUCCGAGACAUCGUGGUCCGAAAGGAGGAAGGCUUUACGCACGUCCUGCUGUCCAGCCAAACGACAGACAACAACGCUCUGACACCAGAGAUCAUGAAGGAAGUGUGUCGAGCUCUGGGUAAUGCAGCUGCCGAUGACAGUAAAUUAUUACUGCUCAGCUCUGUGGGGACUGUUUUCUGCAGUGGCCUGGAGCCGUCCUACCUAAUAGGCCGUCUGUCCACUGACCGAAGAAAAGAGAGCAGCCGCAUCGCAGAUGCCGUACGGGAGUUUGUGUUGGCAUUCAUCCACUUCAAGAAACCCAUUGUGGCAGCAAUAAACGGACCUGCUCUAGGCUUAGGGGCCUCCAUCCUGCCCCUGUGUGAUGUGGUGUGGGCCAGUGAGAGGGCCUGGUUCCAGACUCCAUGUGCAGCCCUCCACCUCACCCCCUCUGGAUGCUCCUCAUACACCUUCCCCCAGAUCCUGGGCGUAGCUCUGGCUAAUGAGAUGCUGUUUUGUGGAAGAAAACUCACAGCACAAGAAGCAUGCAGUCGAGGUCUUGUGUCCCAGGUCUUCUGGCCAACCACAUUUAACCAAGAAGUGAUGCUGCGUGUGAAGGAAAUGGCGUCAUGCAAUGCAGUGGUUUUAGAAGAAUCCAAAUGCCUGGUGAGGAGCAUCCUGAUGUCGGUCCUGGAGGAAGUGAAUGAGAAAGAGUGUCGGAUGCUGAAGCAGCUCUGGUGUUCAACCAAAGGACUCGAGGCACUCUUCAGUUACCUGCACAACAAGGCGUAUGAGAAGUGAUCGUCCACACCUGGAAAACUGAUUAAUGUGGGUCAAAGGUUAUCUACAGAGAGACAUCCAGGACAAGAUCUCAUACAGAAGGAAAUGUUGCAUUAAAGGUCUUUGCUUCCAUCCCUGAGCAGAGGGGAUUCUCUGGAGUUCUGUUUGCGUACAUGUCUACCAACAUAACUUCACAAUCUUCUUCUUUCGUAAAUCAACUUAUAUUUUAUAUUUAUUGGAUCCACAACUGUCCAGAUUUUUCCUGUUUUCAAGGAUUCAAAGAGCAGAGGGCCAAAUGUGCAUUACUUAAGUGAACACUGAAGGAGGGUCUUCAGGGAGGUUUUCUGUACAUGUGCAAAACUUAUUUGUUUAUGAAAUUAUCAGGAUAUAUGAAAUCAAUGUGUCUGAUAGCACAUGAUAAAAAGGCGAUAAUAUAUAUGAAUAUAUAUUUAUUUCAAAGAGUUGCUUUGUGAAUAUAAGGAUUUUCUUUAGUCGCUUGUUGUUUUGAGUGUAAAUCAAGUUUGGAUGAGGGACACUGUUAUUUGCUCCUUGCGUGCACAUUCCAUCCUCUCUGUACGGACAGAAGAAAACUGGCCACAAAUGCUCACACACGCUCGUACAUGUCAGUGGAUCACAUUCAGUGACUGCUUAAAACUUCUCAAAACUCAAUGAAAAUGUAUGCUUUUUUUCAUCACGAUUUUCAUUUUUCAUACUGUAAGAGUCUUUAUUACACAGAACAGACAUCUUGUUUGCCAGGGAAUUUGUUAUCAUUACCAUAAUCACCAUAAAUUUGCUUCAAUUACAUGAAAUCAAGAUUGAUGCUCACACUAAUGAGACCGUCU